GUGUGCAGGGUGGAGGGGGGCGGGGCGGGGUAGCGAGGGGCGGGGCAACUUAGGAACCGUUUAUAUAGGACGCGCUCACGCAGAUGUAACCAGUUUGAUUCUAGACGUAAACAAACAAACACCUGAAAAAGUAUCACAAGUAGCAGCGCCGGCGACGAGCCAACAUGGAUACGUUAAAUAUAAAACCGUUAAGUAAGGAUUUAGAGUGGUCUCUCAAUGCAUCGUUCGGUGCCAGCAUGGAGGCCACUGGUGCGGGCGGGGUGGACGCCUCUGCCGCACCUAUCGCAUGCACGUCGAGCGAGGAGCGCGCGCUGCGCCGCGUUGUGGGUCGCUGGGGCGCCGAGUGGUUGAGCUGACUCGGCUCCGAGACCCGCGCUGCCGGCAGCUGGCCUGCCGACCACCCCCUGCCGCCUCCUCGGUGGGGGGCCCCCCGCCCCGCCCUGCGACUUACCCUCCGAGAGUACGAGGACCUGGUCGCUAAGGCGGAGGCGCUGUUGAGCCGUCUCGUCGUCUCGGAAAAUUAUGACUCCGUCAAUAAUUUCAUUUCCCUGUACGAUGCCUACAUGGCAGCCCCAGACGCGACUCUUCAGGAGUACUUCAAGAAGUACAACCCGCCAAUCCGUCCCCACAAGCACACGUGUGUUGGUCUGGCCAUGGAAGUCGAGAAGACGUUGAAGACCUUAGAGAAAGACUUCCCUGGUAUCUCGAAGUCCAUGAUGAUUGUGUCAUGUGACGAGAACAUUCAAGAUCUGACGGACUAUGCAACAUUCUGUCCUGGACCUCAGGGCUUCUUGAUCGAGACUGAGAAGGACCACGUGAUGCUUGCGAUCCACGUGAAGGUGGACGGAAGGCCUGGCAUGUUCCUGUCAGACCUGGGCUACCACAUCGCCCGCGUCGUCACUGUGAUGGUGGACCGCUGCUACCCUCACACUGGUUGGUUCACCCAAUCGGACGAGCCCCACUGCCGUAAGGAGUACAACUACCAGUUCAACACACAGAACAGCAAUUACAUCGAGUGGCACGAGCGUGAGACCAGGGGCUCGGCGGUGAAGGAGCGCCUCUCGCUCGUGUACGUCGCUAAGGCGUACCUCACCGCAGUCAGUGUCACGGAGAAGAGAAACAUCGUUUGGGACUUGAGGAGUCUUCUAGCCAGGGACCCCAAGGGUCGUCUGACCGCCGGUAUCUACUUCCCAAUCAAGAAGAAAGACCAACAGUUCACGAUGUUCUUCGAUGCCAACAGCGGGAAACAGAGAAAGAAACUCAAGUUCGACACAUUUUUGGAAUUGCAAAAGAUUCCAGAUGAGGUCGUAGAUGAAGUGGAACAGUGCAACGACCAGCUCCACCUCCGUGAUGGUGAGCUGCUCUCCAUCCUUAACAAGCUGGCCACCAUCAUGUCUGACGAGGAGUAUAUGGUGGAACUCAUGGACAUCAACGACAAAAUCGUUCAACUAUCUGCUGGGAACUAAAUUGAGAACUAUGGAAUAUCAUCAUCAUCGUCUUAAGACCCUGGGUCAGAUGUAUUAAUGUCUGACAGUGAGACUUCAUAAGGAUAUUAAUCCUAUAAGCGUCUAGUCAAAUAACCAUUACCGUGCCCCCUUUUUUAUUUUGCACGUGUCUAAAAAAGCUGGGAUCUAAAUUGAGGACUAUGGAAUAUUAUCACCAUCGUCUUAAGACCCUGGGUCAGAUGUAUAAAUUUCUGACAGUGAGACUUCAUAAGGAUAUUAAUCCUUUAAGCGUCUAGUUAACACGUUAACUGCCACGUAGGUCUGGUGACCUACGUUAGUGGAGAAUUUGUUUUUAAUAGUUUUCUGAUGGCAGAUAACAAUUGCCAUGCCCCCUAGCAUGUGGCUACAAAACACAAAAUAUGUCUUCACAAAAUAAGGAGGAGCAAUCGUGUGAAUAGGAGACAGAAUCAUGGAUGGUCUCUGUCGCAGUAAUAUGACAUGAACAGCAGGGGUACGGAAAUAUGUGAGUGACAGGCGGUUAAUGGAUUAUUAUACCACAAAGAAGACGUGUAGAGUCAGGCCUUCAAUUAAAACAAAACCCAUCUUAUUAACCAUCAAAUUCUGACAUUAAGAACUUUAGUUAGAUCAGAGGUAUUCAACCUUUUUCAAACCAAUCUACUUUAAAUGUUAUCUUUUUUUAUUUUUUUGUAUUUUGUAAGGUUGAACACCUCUGUAUUAUGUAUUGAUGGAGUUUUAAUAUUUCGAGUUUCUUGCAAUUUAUAAUCAGAAGGAUAGUUUAGUAUCGAUUAUCGAUUUUUAUAACAUCGUAGUGAUUACUAAUCGAGUGCAUGUAUCGAUUAGAAUUAACUUGGCCUAGGAAUAGAUACGAGUGUUUAGUACUCGU